CGCGGACUUUCGGAGUUGUGGAUUUACAUGCUAAACCAUCAAGAUGAUGUCCAUGAACAGCAAGCAGCCUCACUUUGCCAUGCACCCCACGCUCCCUGAGCACAAGUACCCGUCGCUGCACUCCAGCUCCGAGGCCAUCCGGCGGGCCUGCCUGCCCACGCCGCCGCUGCAGAGCAACCUCUUCGCCAGCCUAGACGAAACGCUGCUGGCGCGGGCCGAGGCGCUGGCGGCCGUGGACAUCGCCGUGUCCCAGGGCAAGAGCCACCCGUUCAAGCCGGACGCCACGUACCACACGAUGAACAGCGUGCCCUGCACGUCCACGUCCACCGUGCCGCUCGCGCACCACCAUCACCACCACCACCACCACCAGGCGCUCGAGCCCGGCGACCUGCUGGAUCACAUCUCGUCGCCCUCGCUCGCGCUCAUGGCCGGCGCGGGCGGCGCCAGCGCGGCGGGCGGCGGCGCCCACGAUGGCCCGGGGGGCGGCGGCCCGGGGGGCGGCGGCGGCGGCGGCCCCGGAGGCGGCGGCGGCGGCCCCGGGGGCGGCGGCGGCGGCGGCCCGGGGGGCGGCGGCGGGGGCCCGGGCGGCGGGCUGCUGGGCGGCUCGGCGCACCCGCACCCGCACAUGCACGGCCUGGGCCACCUGUCGCACCCGGCGGCGGCGGCCGCCAUGAACAUGCCGUCGGGGCUGCCGCACCCGGGGCUGGUGGCGGCGGCGGCCCACCACGGCGCGGCGGCGGCGGCGGCGGCGGCAGCGGCCGGGCAGGUGGCGGCGGCGUCGGCGGCGGCAGCCGUGGUGGGCGCGGCGGGCCUGGCGUCCAUCUGCGACUCGGACACGGACCCGCGCGAGCUCGAGGCGUUCGCCGAGCGCUUCAAGCAGCGGCGCAUCAAGCUGGGCGUGACGCAGGCCGACGUGGGCUCGGCGCUGGCCAACCUCAAGAUCCCGGGCGUGGGCUCUCUCAGCCAGAGCACCAUCUGCAGGUUCGAGUCGCUCACGCUCUCGCACAACAACAUGAUCGCGCUCAAGCCCAUCUUGCAGGCGUGGCUGGAGGAGGCCGAGGGCGCGCAGCGCGAGAAAAUGAACAAGCCCGAGCUCUUCAACGGCGGCGAGAAGAAGCGCAAGCGGACUUCCAUCGCCGCGCCCGAGAAGCGCUCCCUCGAGGCCUACUUCGCCGUGCAGCCCCGGCCCUCAUCCGAGAAGAUCGCCGCCAUCGCUGAGAAACUGGACCUCAAAAAGAACGUGGUGCGGGUGUGGUUUUGCAACCAGAGACAGAAGCAGAAGCGGAUGAAAUUCUCCGCCACUUACUGAGGGGGAGAUGGGGGGGACCGGGCGGGGCAGAGCUGGGAGCCGAAGGGGCAUUUCGCCGGGAGGGGGGGCCUUCCCCGAGCCUGCUUACCACCAUCACCCCCACUCCCCCGGAUUUAGAGCGGCCGUUAUCCUGCUUGCAUUUGAGGAGUCCCUCCUCGAGCGCUCCUUCUCCACCUCCCCUGUGCUCUCCCCGUCCUUACCCUCCCCAGCCUAAAAGACUGGGUGCCCGGUGUGUAAGCGGCAGAGUAGGGUGGAGGUGAAGGGGGAGCAUUUGGGGGAGGGGGAGUGGGGGGAAGGAAAGAGGAGACUGGAGAAGGGGGUUUGAGGAGCAGGAUGGUUCUGGGGGUGAGGGGGGGGGGGGGAAGACGGGAAGGGUAGGGAAAUGGACUGUUUUUGACCAGAGACACUUAUCAGAAUCUCCUGGGGACCAAGGAACAAUGUACAAAAAACCUACCAACCACCAAAAACUAGACAAAUAAAGACAAACUAAAACAAAACAGAACAAAAGCAAAGAAAAAAAUACUUUAGAAAUGUAACUCCAGAGAGCCGUAUUCUGCAGCUUCAUUCCACCCCCCUCCCCCCACAACUCUUAAGGAAGAGAAAAAAAGAGCACCACGCACGAUUAUUACCACCGCCCCAACCUUAAGCACAUGAAUUGAGUCAAAGACCAAAAAAACCAGACGAACCCGAAGGUGAAAUUCUGGGUAGCAAAGCUAGUUGUUCUGUCACUGUGUUUAAUUUUCUAAGUCUUACACCCCAUCCAAACCCUCUUUGAUUUAUUUUUUCUUUUUCAAUAAGACUCCUCCGGUGACUGCUCUCCAUUGCCAGAAAGGCAGUGGGAGCCCAGCUGAAAGGAAGGAGGCGGGAGUGGCUGCUUGUUUAGGUGAAGUCCAAGUUUUUCAGUGACCCAGCCUAUAUACUCCUGUGGCCUGAUUGGUCGGUGAUGGUCUUUAGGGAGAGAGCUGACUAAAAAGCAGAAUUUUAGAGGCUCUGAAAUAAAUAUUUAUUUAGGAAAAUAAAACCGUUUAAGCCAGGUUUUUCUCUUUCUAUAUGCGCUCUUAUUGCUAAGAUCUAGAAAACAGACCAUUUCAAAAUAAGCUUUUCCCUCCACUCAUAGAACUUGCUUGCCCUUUCAUUUAUUUUCCUAAGUGGCUUAUUUUAAACUACUGUUUGUUUUUUUUCCUCUCUAUUGAUUCAAAUAGAUUGAUGGGGUGGCAGACAGUAGGAGAGAUACUCUGACCCGUUUUCUCCACAGAUCAAGACCCAUCUUACUCUUCAAGGUCCCCUUUCCUUCUCUUUUGGAGAACACGAAAUCAUUGAAAUAGUGAGAAGUUUCUGCUUUCACUUGGAGCAGGACUUGGCUGUGAGAAAAUCAGCUAAAAUCCCAGAUGAGAGAAAGACAGGUUUAAAGCCCUCCAUUUAUUUCAAAAGGGUCUGCAUGUUGGGAGGGGGGGAAGCAGAACAACUGUUUCAUUAUUAUUACUAUCCAAAAGUAAUUUAUUGCUGGGGAUAAAUGUUGGGUAGCAAGAACUUUAAUUUGCACUAUCAGUCUCCCAAAUAGAAAAUCAUGUAUAGUAUUUCAUAGUAAUAAUCAAGGUACUUUAUGAACUGCUUAUGGAUUAAAAAGAGAGAAAACAAUUGAAGGUGGUUAGGUUAAAUGCCUGCUUGGUGCACAAGACACCCUUGAUCUUGAUUGGGUGGAGAUGGUUUAUUACCAUCCUUUAGUAAGAACUAAAAAACUGAGAACAGAUAAAAAAAGAAACAAGACUGAAACCAUGCAUGAUCUGAAAGGUGCAGGAAGAAACACAACUAGAUCUCACUCUGGUUAGGCAUUAUUUAUUUAAUUAUGUUGUAUAUCAUUGUUUGCAGCGCAAACAUUCUAUGCAUUUGAAACUGAGCACUAAACUGGGCUAGCUUUCUGAUAGACCGUUUUGUGGAUAGUGUGAUUUCACAGUCGACUGCCUGUUUUCACCGAAAACACAACAUUCUUGUCAUAUUCUUGUAUUUAGAGGAAAAGGAAAAAAGGAAGAUUACUGUAAAUAUUUUCUUGAAUGCACACACUCACACAGUGGUUACAAACUGCCAGUGUUAAUCCUGAAAUGCCUCACGGAUUGAUCUACCUGUCCAUCAAUGUCUGCUGAGCUUUUUCCUUGGUUUUGUCUUUGCUCUAUUAUCUUUCCCUCCUCCCUUAUCAGAACCACUUUUGUGCACCAAAAUACAACAGAGAGAUAUGUCCCAGUACACUUACAAAUAAAACAUAACUGAAAGAAGAACAGUUUUAUGAUUUGGGUGCAUUUUUGUGUUUCUACUGGGCCAAGUCCCAGUAGAGCCAGUCAACAAAUGAGACUCAAUUCAA